AUGGAAGACCUUGAAACUAACGUCGUUGUUGAAAACAAUAUAGAUGAAGACAAGGUACUAUACAGUUAUCCUUUUAAAUAUUUUCAUUUAUUAAUAUAUGCUUUUAAGAAUUAUUACUUUAAUAUUUAUUUGAAAAAGGUACAUAAUAAUAAUAAUAAAAUUAAAAGUAAUUCACUUGAAGAUUAUAAAAAGGAAGAGUUUAUUGAGAAUGUGGAGGAAAUCCAAGAAGUAUCACCAUCAUCAUCUUCGUCGUCUUCGUCAUCAUCAUUCAAUAUUUUAAAAAGUCAAUAUAAUUAUAAAAAAAAGAAAAAAACUAAAUAUUGUGAUAUAAAUAAUAAAUUAAAUUUUAUAAAAUAUAAUGAAAAAAGGAAAUGCACCAACCGUUCUUAUAAUAAUCGUUAUUAUAAUGAUUAUCUUAAAAAUGAUAGUCUCUCAAAAUAUGUCUCUUCUAGAAAUAACAAAAAAAAUUCUAAUUUAAAAAAAAGUUCCAAUUUAUUUAUUAAUGAAGAACCGCCUGAACAAGGUCAGGAGGAUUUUAUAGAAUAUUCUGAACAAGACAUAAUAAAAUUAAUUUAUUAUUUUAUGGAGAAUUUUAUUUUUAAUAAGAAAAAGGAGAAUAGAGAAAAAAAUGCAAAACAAUUAGGAGAUAAAACAAAUGAAUAUGUAGAUAUGUAUAAGAAAAAAUCUUAUAGUGAUAAAAAUGUGAAGAAAAAAAAAGAAGGAAAAAUAAAUAUAAAAGUAAAGAAUAUCUCUCCAAUGAAUGUUGUUAAUAAGAAUGUUGAGCUAGCUGUUUUGGGAUGUGACACGGUUUCAUUGUCAUUACCUGAAGAGAUAAAAGGAAAAAAUGACUCAGUUAUAAUAGAAGAAAUAGAUGAAAAAAGAAAUGGAGAUGAUAAAAUAGGAACUGUAUUAAAUGAGGAGAAAGAAAAAGGAAAUUUAUUAAAUGGUUUAUUGUUUUGUAACAAAGAAGAUACAGAAGAAGUUAUGAAUAAAGAAGUUUUAUUAAAAGAAAAUAAUAUAAAUGAUAUAAUGAAAAAGGAUGUUUAUAAUAAUAAUAAUAAUAAUAAAAAUAGUGAUAAUAAUUUAAAUGUUGAGAAUAUAGAAAAUGAUAUCAAUUCAACAGCCUUAUGUUUUAAAGAAAAAAAUUUGAGCGAGCCUUCUGAUGCAACACAUAUGAAUAAUGAGUAUGAAGGAAAGAGUAUUCAAAAUAACGGAGAUACCAUUGAUGAUAAUAUAAUAGAUGAUGAAAAAGAAAAUAAACUAAUAAAGGAUGAAAAGGAAUAUAUGGAAAUAAAAAAUAAUGAUGACAUUACAAAUGGUUGUAAAAAGAAUAUGAAUAAAGAGAUAUCUAUAAAAUUGGGAAUAAAAAAAUGUGUUGAAGAGUCAAAUAAUAUAUCUGAGGCGUGUAAAGAAGAAGAAAAAUUAAAAAUUUUAGAAAUAAUUGAUAAUUAUAUACAAAAAAAUGAAAUGUUUUUUAAUAUGAACGAUAUAUUUUAUCCUUUUACUAUUAAGAAUUUUAAUUUCUAUAAAAAUAAAAAUGAGAAGAAUAAAAUGAAGAGAAAUUCAAUAACGGAGAGGAGAUUUGUAAGUAAUAAAAAUAAUAAUAUAAAUAUAUAUAAUAAUAAUAAUAAUAAUAUUUAUAGUAGUAGUUCGUUGAAUAAGGUUCAAUGUAACAUUUCAAAUAGUAAGAGUGUGUAUACAACUGAAGAGAGUAAUAAUAAUUGUCCAUCAAAAGAAUAUAUUAAAAAUAAAAUAUAUUUUAGCAAAUUAAAAAUGGGUUUGAAUAUGUUAUUGAAGCAUGAGAAAAAAUCCAAGAGAGGAAGACGAACAGGAGGAACUAAUAAAAAUUAUAAAAAAGAAUUAGAUGAGGAAAAAAAGAAGGAAUCGAUGGAUUGUGACAGGUUGAUACGUGAUUCGUCAAAAAAGGUUAAUAAGGGUAAGACUAAAAAUAAGCUCACUGAUAAUAAUAAGAGCAACAAUAAUAUGGAAGAAAAUAUGUUAGAUAGAAUGAAAGAUAAUAUUAAUAAUAACAUGAAUAAUAAUAUAAAAAAUAAUUAUGUUUAUAGUGGGGGUGUUACAAAUAUUGGUAAUAUAAAAAAUCAAUUAGGUAAUUAUAAUUUUCUAUAUGAAAAUCAAAAAGGAUAUAAUAAUAUAGUAAAUAAGAAUAAAAAUCUGAUGAGAAGAAAUAUGUUGAGUGUAGUAGAUAAUAGUCAUAUGAGUAUGUGUAAUUCACAAACUGAUGAUAAUUGUAAUGUUUUAAAUAAGAAUGAAUCAAUGUUUAAUGGUACGAAUACAAAUAAUGUUAUAAUGAAAAUUAAUAAUAAUAUUAAUAGUAAUAAUAAUAAUAAUAAUAUGAUUAUGUUUGUAGAGAAUAAUGAACCUAAUAACCCAGAAAAUAUUUAUAACCCAGAAAAUAUUUAUAACCCAGAAAAUAUUUAUAACACAGAAAAUAUUUAUAACACAGAAAAUAUUUAUAACACAAAAAAUGAUGGGACGUACUACGAUAAGAUGAAUAAUAAUAUAAAAAAUAUGGAUGAUAAUUAUAAUAAUAAAAAUGACAAUGUUGUAAGUUUUAGUAGUAGUCAAGUGCAUCCAGUUUAUAACGCUGAAGAUGAUUAUAAGAAUAAACCUUCUAAUGUUUGUAAUACAUAUACGAAUAAUUAUAUACAUAAUAUGAAUAAUGUGAUGAAUUAUUCUAGAAAUAGUCUGAAUCCUUUAUUAAAUGAGAAUACUGUAAAAAAUGAUGAAGAUGGUAAUAUGAAUUAUUUAAAUAAUAAUAAUAUAGAAAAAAAUAAGAAUAUGGAUAAUGUUAUAAUAAGAAUGUAUAAUAAAAAAAAUCACACACAACAUAUGAAUGUUCAAAAUAAAGAUUUUAAAAAUGAUGUAUAUAAUAAAACAGGACAUGUAAACACGUUUAAUGGAAUGAAAAGUAAAACGUCUUCUUUAAACAAUGUAGUAGUUGGUUUAAUUCCUAAUGAACAGAUGACAAUUGGUAUGUAUGAAAAUGAAGAUAUAUAUAAUGAUAGAUUUAAAAGUGAUGAGAAUUAUUAUAAUCCAAUGAAUAUGAUUGGAUAUAUGGAUAAAAUGAAUAAUAUGAAUAAUUUAAAUGUCACAAAAUUUACCAGAAAAAAUAAUAAUAAGAGUAAUAAAAAUAAUAAGAAUAAAAAAUAUAAUAAAGGUAUGAGUAAGGAUAAGAUGAAAAGUGGGGAUGGUAAGAAUAAUAAUGAUAGUAGUAAUAGUCUUCAAAUAUUUGAAGAUAAUAAUGAUGAAUAUAAGGAUGAUGAAUAUAAGGAUGAUGAAUAUAAGGAUGAUGAUGAUAAUAAUAAUAAUAAUAAUAAUAAUAAUAAUAAUAACAAUAAUAACAAUAAUAACAAUAUUAAUGUUAAUAAUAAAGAAAGUCAUCAGGGACAUAAGCCAAACGAUGAUAAUAAAAAAGAUAAUGAUAGGAAUAAUUGUUAUGACAACAAUUAUAAAGAAUAUUGUAGUCAUAAUAAUAAUCAAGAUAAAGAUGAUGAUAAUAAUAAGAUACAUAUAAAUAAUGAAGGUAAUAAUAUAAUAAAUUCUUGUAAUAAUAAUACGAAUUAUUUUGAUACACGAGAAAAAUAUAUGUCCAUGGAACAAAAGAAUUUUUAUUUAAAAAACGAAAAAGGAAAGAAUGAUGAUAAGUUUGUAAGACAGGAACAAAAUUGCAUACCUACCAUAAGCAAUUGUAAUAAUAAUAACAAUAAUAAUAAUAAUGAUGAUAAUAUGAAUAAUAAAAUGAUUAGGUAUAUAAAUUUUAAUAACAACGUUAAUAUAAAUAAUUAUAAUAGUACAGAUAAUCAAAAAUGUUUAUAUAAUGUAAAGAAUAUUAUAAAUAAUAAUGAAGAGAGAGGAAAUUUUAGUUAUAUAAAAAAUGUUAACAAUAUAAAUAAUAUGAAUAAUCUUCAUAAUAAUAAUAAUAUAUUGAGAAAUAAUAACUUUGAGCGAUGUGAUAAUAAUAAUAAUGCUGUUCAUAUGAAUUAUUAUGAUGAUGAGUUGUAUAAUGUGUUGAAUGAAGAAGAAGAAGAAGAUAAAAAAAAGAAAAAAAGAAAAAAAAAAAAAAACACAUCUAUUAUUAAUAAUAAUGAUAAUAAUAUUAUUAAAGAGACACAACAGGAUUUUUAUAUAACAAAUAAUAUUAAUAAUAAUAAUAUGAUGAUGAAUACGCACAAUAUGUCACAGAAUAUUAUAUAUGAUAAUCAUAACAAUGUAGAUUAUUUAAAUGCGAAUGAUAAUAAUAUAAACUUAUUGAAUGACAAAAAAAAUGAAUACCAAAAGAAGACGAAUAAGAAAAGUGAGGGAAUAAUGAAUGGAAAAAAAAAUAAAAGAAAAUAUCAAAGAAAAGAUAGUAAGAAUAUAAAUGAUCCGAAUGUGUUGGCAGGUAAUAAUUCAGGGUUUAAUAUAUUGCCUUCAUUGUUCACGAAUGUUGAAAGUAAUAUUGAUAUUAACAAUAAUAAUAAUAUGAACAAUAAUAAUAAUAUGAACAAUAAUAAUAAUAUGAACAAUAAUAAUAAUAUGUGUACCUACUAUAAUUACAAUACAUACGAAGUAAUACACAAUGACAUUCAUAAUGAUGAUAAGAAGAAAAAAAAAAGUGAUAGCAAGAGAAAAGAUCGAAAUAGUAAAAAGAAAAUAAAUAUUAUUCAAAAUAAUGAUGGUAAUAAUAAUAAUAAUAAUAAUAAUAAUAAUAAAGAAAGCAUUGAAAAUAUUGAAAUGAAUAAUUAUAAACAAGAACAUGAAAGAGUUACAUAUGAUAGUAUAAAUAAUAAUGGUAAUAUUCAGAAAGAUGAUUAUAUUAAGAACAAUAUUUAUAAUAAUAAUUAUCAUCUUCAUGAUGUUAAUACGAAUAGUGUUAGUAGUUUAAAUAAAGCAUCAAGUUUUAAUACUAUAUUUACAAAUUCUAGGAGUACCUUUCAAAAGAGUUUAUCCUUUAAUAGUGACAUGACAAACACAAAGGAUGACAUUAACAUGGCAGCUCAUGCUAAUAGUAUAUCUACAGGUAAUUCUGCACAGAAUAUAAAGAAUGGAAAUAAGAAUCAUAUAAAUAAUGUUGAAAGUGUGAAUAAUAUGGAUAUAAUAAAUAACGUUGAAAGUGUGAAUAAUAUGGAUAUAAUAAAUAACGUUGAAAGUGUGAAUAAUGUCGAUAUUAUAAAUAAUGUUGAAAGUGUGAAUAAUUCCGAUAUUAUUAACAACAAACUGUAUGAUCAAUUUAAUAACUUAAAUAACGGAAGAUAUCAUAGUAGUAAUAUUUAUAAAGAUAAAAAUUCUCGUUUAAAUAACUCAAUAAAUAAAAAUAUGCAUUUAAAAUAUAAUACAAAUAAUAUAAUUAUUAAUAAUAUGAAUAAUAAUAUAUUUCCUAACGAAUAUAAUAAUAAACAUGUUUGUGGAAAUGAUGACAAUAUGUUUAUGAAUAAAAAAAAAGGAUCAUCUUUAUUUAUGUUGAAUGAGAAAGAAAAAUGUACUUUGAAGAGAAAGGUUACAACUACGACAAGUGGAAAUAAUAAAACUUAUAUUAAUAAUAAUAAUAAUAAUAAUAAUAAUAAGGGUAAUAAGAAAAUAAAAAAAAUGAUUGGAACGAAUAUAUGUAAUAAUAAUGAUGGUGGUUGUGGUGGUUCUUCUGCUGCUGUUGAUAAUGUUGAUAAUGUUGAUAAUGAUGAUAAUGAUGGUAAUGAUGGUAAUGAUGAUGGUGUUUGUAAUUUAAGUAAUAUAUCUUCUAUAGUAAAUCAAGAUGAAAAUAGAAUAAAUGAAUUAAAUAAUAAUAAAAAUACAUAUAUAUCUAAAAAUUUUCAGGAGAAUGAUAUGUUUAUUGAAGAAUAUAAUAAUCAAAUAAUGCAUGCUGGAAAUCAUGACAAUACUACUAAUAAUAGUACUACUGGUAGUCAAAACAUGCAAGGUAUCUAUGAUAAUAAUAUGUAUACAAAGAAUGUUGGCUAUGUGAAUAAUUCAAAAGAUGUGAAACAUAGAGGAAUGACAACAUAUGUGAAUGAUAAUGAUACUGGUGUGAUGAAAAUGGAAAUGUCGAUAUUAUAUAAUGAUAAGAAUAUAAACAAUAAUAAGGAUAUUAUAAAUAAUAAUAAUAAUAUUAUUAAUAAUAAUAAUAAUAUUAUUAAUAAUAAUAAUAAUAGUGGAAAUGAUCAUACGCGUGAUAGUUAUCAAAAUAUUAUAUAUAAUAAUGAUAAGGUUAAUCACAAUAACGAUGAUAAUAAUAAUAAUCGAGUAGUUGUAGUAUCAAACGAGGGGAACAAUAAUAUUAUUAUGAAUAUGAAUGAAGAAAAUAAUUUGUUUAAUAUUAUGGGCAGCGAUGAAAAUCGGCAAAAGGGGAUACUACAACAAAUAAUUGGAAAUAAUAAAAAAAAUGAUUACAAUGAUUAUAAUAAUAAUAAUUGUAGUAGUUCAUAUAAAAAUGAUGUUAUAAAAUAUGAUGGGUCACGCACUUCAUGUUUGUCAAAUAUAAACAAUGAAUGCACAAGACGAAUGACAUUAAACAAAGAUGAGAGUAAUAAGAGCUAUGAUUUAAAUGAUCAAGAUCAAGUUUCUUAUUUUCAUUAUAGAAACCAGAUGAAUAAUUAUUACUAUGAUAAGAUGAGUGAGUCUUAUAGAAGUAAUAUGCAGGAUCAAUAUAAAGGUAGAGAUGAUAAUAUGGAAGGGGGGGCUGUGAAACGUAUGAAGAAUUCAAAGAAAAAGAAGAAUGCUACAAUAAAUGAUAAUAUAAAUGGCAAUAUGAAUAAUAGUAUGAAUAAUAGUAUGAAUAACAAUAUGAAUAACAAUAUGAAUAACAAUAUGAAUAACAAUAUAAAUGAUAAUAAUAUUAAUAGAAGCAGAAAUAAGAAAAAUAAAAAUAUCCACAACAAUAAUAUUACUAAUAAUAAUAAUAAUAAUAAUAAUAAUAGAGAUGAUGAUAAUAAUAAUAAUAAGGUAAAUUUUUCUUUUACCACUCCCAUAAGACAAAAUAUAUAUAACAAUGAAAAUAUGUUAAUUCACAAUGAUAUACAUACAAUGAAUGAGAAUAAAGUUUGUAAUACGUCUUCUUUGCCUUUCAACACUGAUGAAAUAAAAGGUUAUGAAGAUAAUAAUACAAAUAUUAGAAGAACAUAUAUGGAAUAUCAUCAAGAAAAUAGUUUAAAUGAUAAUCAUUCCAUAUUCAAUGAAAUAAAAAUUAAGAAGAAAAAAGGAAGAAAACCCAAAAUAUCUCCAAUACAAGAAGAAAGAAAUAUAAACUUACAAGAUAAUCAACUUUAUGAUGUAGAUAAUAAUUUAAAAUCAUAUGUCAAUGAUGAUCAUACAUAUAAUGCAACUCAUAAUAUGAACCAAACUAUAAAUCGCAACAUUAGUCAUACAAUGAAUCAUAAUAUUCGUAUUGAUCAUAAUGAUAAUAAUUUGAUUACAAAUAAAGACAUGGAUAAGAAUAAAACGAAUACUGAGUGUAAAAGAAAAGUAAAAAUAACUAGAAAAACGACUGAUAUAAAAUUAGGAAAUGAAAAAGUAGAAACUGGUGCCUACGACGAAAAUGGAGAGAAGGUCUCAGGUGUAUGGUAUGAUACUAAUCGAAGACUGUGGAGAGUUAUGUAUAUGGAAAACGAUAAAAGAAAAACCAGAGGAUUCUCGCCGCGUAUUUAUGGAUUUAAUGCUGCAAGAGAUUUGGCUGUACAAUUAAAAUAUGAAAUGAACAAAAAAAAUAAAAAAUAA